GUUUAGCUUUGCCAGAAUGUGAAAUAAUUUCAAGUAGUGUAAAGAUUCAUCAAAGAUUUUUAGCUUCGCCAGAGCCAUUAAGUAGUAUGAAGAUUAGUGUGUUGGAAUAUGAAUUAAUUCAGAAGGAUUUGUCAAAAU